AUGACCGACUACAGCAAACAGACGGUCGCGCAGCUGCGCCAGGUGCUAAAGGAGCGAAGCAUCCCGUCGACCGGCCUUACGCGCAAGCAGCAGAUCAUUGAGAAGCUUCAAGAACACGACGCUGCUGCCGCCGCCGAGAACGAAGACGCGUCCGCUACUGAAGCCACGCCUGUCGCAGAGGAGCCCGAAUCUGCGACCGAACCCCAGGACCCAUCGUCUGCGUCGGACAAUGCUGCUGAACCCGCUCCGACGACGGCGCCGGAACAGCAGGAUGACGCGCUGCCGUCACAGCCUGCGGAGGAUGCCACCAUAGAUAAAGUGUCAGGAGAUGUCGCGCCACAGACCGAGCCCCCAGUGGCGCUUCCACACCAUGAGGCCGUCCAGCCUGCUGAAGCAACCCCGUCUGCGGACGGCGUUGCAGGUCACGAUUUCCAGGAAGAUGCGCCUGCGCCUGCGCCGGCGGAGCAGGAAUACGCGACCCCACGCCCUACGACGGCCAAUACAUCCGUCUCGCAGACGCCAAUCCCAACCCAUGAACAACGUUCUCCAACGCCGGUGGCGGAGCCGCGCGCUUCGACCGCAGACUCGUCACGGCUUGGAUCGCCGGAGUUGAAAGAGGAUUCCAGGAAAAGAAAGAGGCGUAGCCUCACGCCACCAAUUCCGCCAGAGGAGGCCGUGAGGAAGCGUAUGAAGCAAGAUGAGGACAAUGCACCUGUAGUGCAUCUUCACGAGGAUGCCGAUGCUCCGGAACCGAAAACGAAAGAUGCUGUGAUGGAGGAAGCUGACGCGCCGGUCGACGCGGAGGCUGCGAAGACCGUGCUACCAGCAAGAACGAGCGAUCACGUGGUAGAUGUCACGGGCUCGAAGGCAGCGGAGGAUUUGAAAGAAUCUGAAAGCGAACAUCGAAAUGACCCAGGCGAAGGAGAGCGCGGCCAGCAGGUCCUAGAGGAAAGGGAAGAGCAAAGGACGGGCACCAGACUGCCAGAGGAGUCGACAACAGUACGUCGGCCUUCGACGUCGCACAAGACGGAAAAGGAAGGACGCUUUAAAUCUGCACUGGAAGAUGCCACUUCUGCGCCUGCUGGUAGUGGCCCAACGGAGACUGGCUCGGCACCCGAGGACGAUGACCGCCCGAUCUCGCCUGCCCUACAUGCCGCAACCCGCGGCCUCUACAUUCGCGGAUUCAUGCGACCGCUCCAAUUGCCUGCGCUUAAGAAACAUCUCAUUUCUCUGGCCUCCCCGCCCUCUACGUCCGAACCGGACACCGAUGUUUUGGAGCUUUUCCACCUGGAUCCCAUCCGUACACAUGUCCUGGCUUUGUUCAACUCAGUCUCAGCUGCUGCGCGAGUAAGAAGUGCUCUCCACGGUGCGGUUUGGCCAGUCGAACGGACUAGGAAAGCCUUAUGGGCAGACUUCAUCCCUGAUGAGAAGGUCGGCGAAUGGAUUGACUAUGAAGAGAAGGAAGGCGGCGGCCGCAUGGGAAAACGAUGGGAAGUUGUCUACGAGCCCAAUGAUGGAGAUUCUAGCGUCAGGGCUGAGCUGAGGGAAGUCGGCGCAACUGGACCGCGACCGCCCGUGGGAGGUUCUGGGAGCGCGAGCUCCCCCACUGCGUCAAGCGCUCCCGCGAAGAAGCUGCCUACCGGCCCAGCGGCCGAGAAGUCGUUUUUGGCGUUGGACAAGCUGUUCCGCUCUACGACGGCAAAACCGAAGCUCUAUUUCUUGCCCGUCGAGAAGGACAUCGCUGAGAAGCGCCUAGACGAGCUUGAUCGCUGCACCAGUAGAGAUUGGAAGCCCAGUGACGCUGCUGGCGGCACAGAGCGGAGGUACACAUUCGAGAACGGAAACGUCCUUGUCGACGCUGGCCCGGACGCAGAGACGUUCGAUGGUGUGAGGGGCCGCGGUCGCGUGCAAUACAGAGGCGCGUUCGGUCCUGGUGUUGGAGGUGGAGGCGGGCCUGGCGGAAGGCCCCGUGAUAGAGGUUGGGGUGUCCAACACGGUAUGGGUGGGCCGCCAGAUCCUGUCUUCGACCUCCCCAAGGACAUUGUCGACACCCUCAGCGUGAAGGAGCAAAGCGCCGCCGCCCUCACCGCCGCCGCCACCACCACUGCGGGCAUCGACGGCGCAAGCCCCGAAAAGAACGCCGCCGCCGCCGCCGCCGCCGACGAGAAGGAUGGAGGAGACGACGACGACACGGCGCCGACGGCAGCGGUGUCGACGUCCUGCGGGCUCUGCGGCCUGACGUUCGCGAGCCUGGCGGAGCAGCGCGGACACGUGCGGUCGGACCUGCACGGCUACAACCUCAAGCAGAAGAUGCGCGGGGCGGCGCCCGUGGGCGAGGCCGAGUUCGAGCGGCUGGUGGGCGAGCUGGACGAGAGCAUCUCCGGGUCCGAGAGCAGCAGCAGCGGCGGCGGCGGCGAAUCGGACGAGGAGGAGAACGCGAAGGGCGGCGGCGGCGGCGGGGGGGGGGACACGACGUUGAGCGCGCUGCUGAAGAAACAGGCGAGGAUUGCGGAUGCGAGCGGGGCGGGGGAGGCGGUGGUGGUGGCCGAGGCGAGGAAGAGGAAGAGGGGCGCGGGAAAGCCGCCGAUGCUGUGGUUCACGAGCGCGAGCUUGCCCGCGGAGGUCAACUUGGGCGUGUAUCGCGCCAUCUUGUCGGAUGCGGAGCAGGAGGAUGGGAAGAGCCUGGCCGAGACGAUACGGAAGAAGCAGCUUCCGCCGCAGAAGACGGUUGCGAAGCGGGAAGAGGGUGAUGAGGGAGACGAGGGAGGCGUGAAGCUGCUGGUGACGCCGGAGAUCGGGCCGCAUUACUUCCUCUGCAUGAUCGGCGGUGGGCACUUUGCUGCUAUGAUCGUGGCGCUUGCGCCGAAGACGGGGAAGAAGCAUACGGGGCAGAGUGAGCGGCAGGCCACGGUGGUGGCGCACAAGACCUUCCAUCGGUAUACGACGAGACGCAAGCAGGGCGGUUCGCAGUCGGCGAACGAUGCUGCGAAGGGUGCUGCCCACUCGGCCGGUUCAUCGUUGAGAAGAUACAACGAGGCGGCGCUGACGUCGGAGGUGCGAGCUCUGUUGUCGGAAUGGAAAGACAUGAUUGACACGGCCGACUUGCUCUUCAUCCGCGCUACAGGCAGUACGAACCGUCGAACCCUGUACGGACCUUACGAUGGACAAAUACUACGGCUCAACGAUCCUCGCAUUCGAGGGUUUCCUUUCAGCACUAGGCGCGCCACACAGUCUGAGCUGAUGCGCUCUUUUGUCGAGCUCACGCGUGUAAAAGUCAGCCGUGUCGACGAGGCCGCCCUCGCCGCAGCAGCUGAAGCAACAGCGGCGGCAGCGGCAGCCACGCCUCCCCGCACCUCGACGCCUUCCAAACCUUCGAAACCGAAGCCCACGCCGGAAGAGGAGGAAGCCCUCCUCCACUCCUCUCAGCUCCAGGCGCUGAUCCGCCGCUCCAAGGCCCCCGCACUGGUGUCCUACAUCCAGAGCAACAACCUGUCUCCCAACUUCCGCUUCCACCCGCUCGACACGGACAAGAACUACCACGCCCCCACGCCGCUCCACCUGGCCGCACACCUGAACGCGCCGGUGCUGGUGCUCGCGCUGCUCACCAAAGCAAAGGCCGACCCGGCCGUGGCCAACCUGGACGAGAAGACGCCGUUCGAGCUCGCCGGCGACCGCGCCACCCGCGACGCGUUCCGCAUCGCGCGCCACGAGCUGGGCGACGCGGCGGCCGACUGGGCCGCCGCGCGCGUGCCGGCCGGCGUGAGCAGGGCCGAGGUGGAGAGGGCCAGCGGCGCCGAGAAGGCCGAGGAGGCGGCGCGGGAGGCGGAGCGGCGGAAGACGGAGACGGAACGGCUGCGGCGCGAGGAGGAGCAGAGGGAGCGGGAGCGGCGCGAGAAGCGGGUGGGAAAGGGGAAGGCCUUGGGCGGUGGGUUGACGGAGAAGACGGCGGGCGAGAAGAGGGAGGAGGAGGCGAGGGGGUUGACGCCUGAGAUGCGGAUGAGGCUGGAAAGGGAGAGGAGGGCGAGGGCGGCGGAGGAGAGACUGAAGAGAAUGCAAGGUGGGCGAUGA